ACGACUGCGACCACUCCCGGGCGGCCCCACUGCAGAAUGGGGUCGGUGAGGAUCGGCGCGCCGGGGGAAGAACAAUACGCGAGUCCAGCCGCCAACAUCGCAACUUCCCACGAGUCUGCGCCGCGGUUCGCGGCGGCGGAGCCGACUCACCUCCCAGCCCCGCCGCGGAGAGGAGCAGAAUUAACACUCUCAGCAACACCAUCUUCCGCCGCCGCCGCCUCCUCACGGGUUAACAGCAGCACAUCGAUCCGGAGGGAGAAGCUGAAGGGGCUUGGUCCGGAGCCUCCACGGGAAGCCAGGACCUCCCCCGGCAGGAGAAACGGCGAAGCACCUCCCUCACGCUCCACUUCAGGGACCGGCAACGCUUCAGGCGCCUCCAAAACAGGGACCUCCCUCCCCUCGUCCGUUUCCUUCCUCCCUUCCCCGCUUUCCUUCCCUCGCUCCUUCCCUCUUCUCUACCCCCUCCCCCAAACGCGGGACCUCCGCCUCCUUCCUCACCACGUGACACACGGGCACCCAACGGGCACGCGGAGCCGCGCCCCUGCCUUCCGCCCCUUUUCGUCCCCCCGGCUCUUCAGGGGCGCGCGCAUGCGCGCGGGGGCCGGCUCCUGGGCUGCUGGGCCCGCCGCCGCUUCCUGUCCGCCGGCGGAGAGCUGGGAUUGGGCUUGGGAGGCGGGGUUUGCCCUGGUCCCGCCCCCGGACGGGAGUGCUCCUACGCGGUGCUAG